CCUCGCACCGCUGCCCCCUCUUCCUCGUUGACCCACUCGUAAAUCCAGAAUCCCAUUGCGCGCGCGCAGCAAUGGCGGCCGCGUCGCUCAAGCUCGCCUCCCCCAAACCCCUCGCCUCCACCCCGUCCCCGCUCCUCCGCGGGCGCCGCGCCCAAGCGCGGCCCCUCCCCGCGCGCCGCCUACCGCAACCCGUCCGUGUCGCCGUGCGGCCCCCCGCCUCCUCGCGCAUCGGCUCCUUCGACAAGGUGCUGGAGGCGCUGAUCGGCGGGACCGACUUCUCGGAGGAGGAUGCGGAGGCGACGCUGCGGCUGCUGCUGGAGGAGGAGAACGAGGCGUGCAUCGCUGCCUUCCUCGUCCUCCUCAGAGCCAAGGGCGAGACCUACGAAGAGAUUGUGGGGUUGGCGAAGGCGAUGCUGAGCUGCUGCGUCCGGGUUGAUGGGCUGGACGACGCCGUCGACAUUGUAGGCACCGGUGGCGACGGCUCAGACACCGUCAACAUCUCUACCGGCGCCACCAUCCUCGCCGCCGCGGCCGGUGCCAAGGUCGCCAAGCAAGGGAGCAGGGCGAGCUCGUCAGCGUGCGGCAGCGCCGAUGUGCUGGAGGCGCUGGGGGUCAACAUCGAGCUGGGACCCGAGGGUAUUAAACGGUGUGUCAAUGAGGUGGGUGUUGGAUUCAUGAUGUCUGCAAAUUAUCAUCCAGCAAUGAAAAUUGUCAAACCCGUGAGGAAGAAGCUGAAAAUAAAGACGGUUUUCAAUAUCCUUGGUCCUCUAUUGAAUCCAGCAAGGGUGCCUCAUGCUGUUAUCGGUGUUUACCAUGAGGACAUAGUAACCAAGAUGGCUAAGGCAGCUCAGAAAUUUGGAAUGAAGAGAGCAUUGGUCGUCCAUUCAAAGGGUUUGGACGAAAUAAGCCCGCUUGGGCCUGGAUAUAUCCUUGAUGUCACUCCAGGAAAGAUUGAAAAGAUGCACUUCGAUCCAUUGGAUUUUGGAAUUCCUCGCUGCACAUUGGAAGAUCUAAAAGGAGGUGAUCCAGCAUUUAAUGCAAAAGUUCUCCAAGAUGUUCUUGCUGGUCAAAGAGGAUCAAUUGCAGAUGCUCUUGUUCUGAAUGCUGCAGCAUCUCUUCUAGUCAGUGGUAAAGUCAAGAAUUUGCAUGACGGUGUUGCACUAGCACAGGAGGCGCAGCGGUCUGGAAAGGCCAUCAAUACACUUGAGUCUUGGAUAAAGAUUUCGAAUAGUUCCAGAGAUUGAGCGAGGUUGAUUAGACAACGGCGUAUUUCUGCAAUAAGACAUGGGGAAUGCUGGCAAAUAAGGACUUGUUUAGUCCAUCCUUGUUUUUCUUUUCCUUUUGUUCAUGGACUGUGUCGCAAUGGCAGAUGGCUUGCAGUUUAUUUUCUGUAUUCAGCGAAUUGCAGUGUAGAGAAAAAUCCAUCAGGAUGAUGAGCCCGGAUUAGAUCUCUUGGUGUUACAUUAAUGUUGCUAUGCAUGAUCUGAAAGGAAACGCAGCUCUGCAGUCUGUUCACUUUUGCAA